AUGGCGUCUAAAAAGAAGAAGGGAGCCACCAAAAAGGACGAUGACUGGGAUGACGAUGCUGCCGAAAAAAAAUUAGCAAAAAUGAAGUUGCAAUCUGAAAGUGAGGACGAAGAUGAGCAGGAGGAUGACGUUGGUCGAGGUCAUAAAACAAAUGCCACAUUCAACAUGCUGGCAGCUGUUCGUUUCGAUUUGUUUUCCUGGAAUUUAUUAAUAAUAAUAAUAAUAUUAUUAUUAUUAUUAUCAUUCACGAUAAUAUUGUAA